ACGCGUGCCGUGGCGGGAGCCUGUCAACCCGUACUAUGUCAACUCGGGCUACGCCAUGGCCCCUGCCACCAGCGCCAACGACAGCGAGCAGCAGAGCAUGUCCAGUGCCAGCGACGUAGACACACUCUCCCUGACAGACAGCAGUGUAGAUGGGGUUCCACCAUACAAAUAUCGUAAACAGCAUCGACGAGAGAUGCAUGAAAGUGCCAAAGCAAAUGGGCGUGUGCCACUACCUCAUAUUCCUCGCACCAACCGGAUACCAAAGGACAUUCACGUGGAGCCGGAGAAGUUUGCGGCGGAUCUGAUCAGCCGGCUGGAGGGAGUGCUGAGGGAGAGGGAGGCCCAGGAGAAACUGGAGGAGCGGCUGAAGAGAGUCCGAUUGGAGGAAGAGGGUGAGGAUGCAGACAUCUCCACAUCCACCUCGUUCUCCAGUCACAGACUGCCCCCUGGUGCCCACCCACAGCACUACAACAACCCCCGCUACUCUGACAUCGGCUACAAUGGCCUGGCGCUGCGGCCUGACGCCCACGAGGAGAACCCCGAGAGCAUCCUGGACGACCACGUCCAGCGAGUCAUGAAGACCCCCGGCUGCCAGUCCCCGGGCACCGGCCGCCACUCCCCCAAGUCCCGCUCACCCGACGGCUUCCCUGCAGGUGGCAAGGUGCCCGGACCUGGGAUGCCACUGCCCACAGGCCCAGGCAAACACCCAGCUCGGCUGGGGCCCAAAGGGGAGGCUGCCAGCCACCAAUACCACCACAAACACGUGCACCACAUCCACCACCCAGCCGGAGGGAAGCCCAAAGAGCAGGUGGAGGCUGACGCAGCCACGAGGGUCAAUGGUAACUUCCACUGGGGGAUGGAGCAGCACAACUAUGGGUCCAAGUCUCGCAACUAUGCUGACGGCAUGGGCCCCAGCCCGAUGGAUCCUAUGGGCUACAGCAAAGGUAGCACGCUAUCGAAGCGGCCGUUUAAGAAGGCUGAGGAGGUGCGGACCUUUGAGGUGCCCGUGCCCCCGGAGGACGUGGAGAGGAACCAGAAGAUCCUCCAGUGGAUGAUGGAGGGAGAGGCGGUCCGUAACAAGAAGAGCCCCUACGGGAGCACCACAGGGUCCAAGAAGACCCCGUCGAGCCACGAGGUGUCGCGGCCCAGCUCUGUGGAGCGUCCGGGGGCAGUGCAUCCGUGGGUCAGCGCCCAGCUGCGGAACAGUGUGCAGCCCUCACACCCCUUCAUCCAGGACCCCACCAUGCCCCCCAACCCGGCCCCCAAUCCCCUCACCCAGCUGGAGGAGGCUAGGAGGAGACUGGAGGAGGAGAAGAAGAAGACGGGGACCUUACAGACCAAACAGAGGUAUGUGAUGGAAGUGAUCCAGCGGGGGCGUGCUGCCGCCAGGCCCGCCCUGUUCCCGCCGCUCGGCGUGGUGCCUGCCGUCUCUGACACGGAGCUGUCCGAACAUAAAGUGACGAAGAAGCCCGCGUGUGAGAACAUUACGGUGGCCUACUACUUCUGUGGGGAGCCAAUCCCGUACAGGACGUCGGUCAAAGGUCGCAUGGUCAUGCUGGGCCAGUUCAAAGAGCUGCUGACUAAGAAAGGAAGCUACAGGUAUUUUUUCAAGAAGGUGAGCAAUGACUUUGGGGUGGUGUUCGAAGAGGUACGCGAAGAUGAUGCUGUCCUGCCCAUCUUUGAGGAGAAGAUCAUUGGGAAAGUGGAAAAGAUUGAUUGAUUGACAUGGAGGUGGAGAGGAAGGAGACGUUCACAAAGUCGGCCUGCGAUGGACCUAUCGACGGAUGAGCUGUUCACUUGAGAGAGACGGAGAGAAAGUGUUUGACUAGAGGGAGGAUUGGCAGGGGAAGAAAAGGUACGGAGUAAGUCGCUACAGGAGGGAAUGGAUGAAGGGAGGAGGAAAUGAGAAGAGUGCAUAGUGAUCACUGUGGGAGGCACUCAUGACUCCAAGGCUUUCAUAUCUGCUCAGUGCUACUGCAUUGUGCAGACAGAGUAGGAAAGCAUUGGACAAAAAAAAGCAGACAUUCUCUCCUUCAGUGUCUUUCUGAGUGUAAUAUAAUGUAGCAUUGUACAAUUUGACAAGAAGAAAAAUGCUAUGAAUCUGCUUACUAAAGCAGCAUAUUAUUUUUGAUAUGACGUAUCAGAAGGUAUCCUUUCUAAUGUAACCAAGCGUGUCAUUUUUCUGUGUUCGUACCAGAUGUGUACAGAUUGUCUGUUUAAAACAUAACGAUAAAGUUUUAUAUUAUCUAUUUAAAUAUUUUAAAAAGCGGUCGUUUUAAUCCUAUUAAAGCAGUGGCGUUGUUCCAAUUCGACGAGAUCCAAGUGUUUUGACAGGGCUGUUUUUCAAGUAUUGUUGGAACUAUUAUACAGCCCCAUGUUCUACCAAGUGCUUUUUACAGGAACACUCAACCUUGCCAGUCCUCUAAAGUUAAGUGGCAUUGAGUUGUCAUGCUGCACUUAUCACUGUAUUAUGCAUUAGUGUCAAUGGAGCAAAAUGAAAAGGAAUGCCUUUUUGAGGUUGCCCUCAUGUUUUGUGUUUUUCAAUUAGGAAGGGACUCCCCAGCAGUAGCUCGAUCUGUGUACAAUGUACUGUACUCUGAGGUCUCUUCCCCAUAGUUUACGUGUGUGUGUGUGUGUAUGCACAUUAAAUACAUUAUUAUACCCAUACCUGCAGACACCUGCCAACUUAAAUUGAUUCCCACUAUGUUCGGUAACUUUUAGAUUUUGCUACAGUUAGGUCUUAAUUGUAGCAGAUCAGUGCAGAAAAUAACAUCUUUGAUCAGAGAUAAUCACAACCAGUUGUGUACAUGCUACUGACAGUUCAGAUCCAGAUUCUAUUUACAGUCUAGAGCUUUUGUUAGGCAUUUAAGACCAGAGUCCAUAGUAGAAGUCUCCUGAAGGUUCAUACACGGGUGUCUGUGUAGAGAAAGGGUCUGUGUGGGUCUGUGUGCGGAAGUUUGUCUCAAUAGAGCAUUGAUCAUCUAAUGUGUGUUCACAUGCAUUCAGAAAGGCUCCUGACCCCAUGGUUUCACUCUGGAAAACGAAAGGACAUCAUAUAUGUUUACCUAGUUGAUAUAUCACAAAUACAGCUGAAUAAUGACUUGUAGCCUUUCAUAGCUCUAUAGAGCUAAAUUUGGUGCCUGGCAGAAAUUGUCUCUAGAAAUAACUUUAGUAUGAAGUGAUCUACUUUUUUUGAUAGGUCACAAUACACCAAAGAGAACAGUAGAAGUUGAUAUGUUUGUCAUCCCCUUUUCUCUUCUUUAUUUACCCUCAUUCACAUGGGUACUCUUUGAUUAUUCUCUAAAUCCCUGUGUUGAAGUGGAAUUCUCUUGUACAAUUUUCUAGGGCAGGACUCUCCAACCCUGUUCCUGGAGAGCUACCUUCCAUGUAGGUUUCCAAUCCAACCCAAGCUGUAACUAACCUGAUUCAGCUCAUCAAUCAACUAAUUACUACAAUCAGUUGCGCUAGAUUAGUGUUGGAGGGAACCUGCAGGACAGUAGGUGUCCAGGAACAGGGUUGGAGAGCCCUGUUCCAGGGCGUUGUGCCGGGGGUCAGUGCAAGGUGGAAUGUGCUAUCCGUUGUGAAUUAGGAUGGUAAGGACCUUUUUCAUCAGAGUGCUGUAUUGCUGGGUGUUGUUCUGUUUCAACACCACGUAUAAGAGGACGAUCUCCUUUUCUGAGAUGCUGUUUUUGUAUUUAUUUAGAUGGAUAUUUUUAAAGAAUCUGUAUGAAGUUAACAUACGUAGUGGACAACCCUCUAUUGCUCCUGUUUAAAGAUUUGAAUAACCGUACUUUGUUUUUAUAACGAGAGGCAUUUACUCCAUGAUCUUUGACAAUAUUGGUACUCGACCAUCAUCUGUCACACUACAAUGUAGAAUUUGUCUCUCUGUUAUGAUUAUCAUUAGAUGUUCACUGUCUGUAUGUAUUUCCAAUGGAGGGCAGUGAUUCUUACUGUGAAAGCCCCAAAGUGAACUCCCCCCACUUAUGGUCAUUGAAAUGUAUAUAACAACCAUCACAGAGUGCCUUUUAUUGCCAUCCUCUCAUGACAUCCGCUGUGUGAUUCUCAAGUGUUACCAGGGCCUUGCUUUAUAUUUUUAUUUCGCGUCUUACAAACCAUGUUCUGUUGAAGUGUUUCCUAUGUCACAUCUCACUUUGGAUAAAAAUGUUCUAUGUAAAUAUGUAAAAAAUUGUACAUGUCAUCAACCAGCAAUUCACUUAAGGAGAUAUUCAUUACCCCGGACCUGUUUCUUAGUGCUGAGUUGUGCGGUUAUCAUUUAAAGGUACUUGAACAAUAAAUAUAUGUAAUAAACCCGAACUUCACCAUUA